AUGGUGAGCGGCAAGAAAAAGGUCCCAGAGAUCAGUGUCAGUGUGAUCUACACAGAAGCUAAGCCAGACGAAAACGGAUACUUCACUCCGGAAGGGGAAUAUAUAAGAAAACAUGGUCUCAAUUGGAUUAUCACUGGUCUUUUUGUAGUUGGGGAUAUCGCUGGAGGAGGACUGGUUGCUUUGCCAACGGCGAUGAUACAGUCUCGUAAGGGUUUGACGGGAUUAACGUUCCGUUUCAGAGUUCUGGUCUGGCCUAGUAGCAAUGUUUAUCAUGACUUUUGUGACCGGUUACACUUCCUACGUUCUGGGGUUGAGUUGGAUGAUUUUAAUCAAGAAUUGGCCUGAAUACAGAAGUCAUACGAGAAAACCUUACCCAGAAAUUGGAUAUCGGGCAUGUGGUAGGAGAGUUCGGUAGGUUUAUGGACAACUAAUGGAUGACUUCUCACAGGAAUAUUGUCUCGGUAUGUAUCGACAUCACUCAAUUUGGCGUUGCUGUUGUUUAUCUUCUCCUUGCCUCCAAGAAUAUCCACGAUUUUGUUCAGACCUUCUUUGAGACGGACUUUAGUUAUUGUUAUGUCAUUUUGAUCGUGUCUCUGGCCCUUCUUCCAGUCACAUUUCUCAAAUCCCCUCAAGAUUUCUGGGCUGCCGUUGUUUUGGCAAUGUUUACAACAGCGGCGGCUGUAGUCUUGAUCAUUGUUGGAGCUUCUCUUGAUAGUGAAACUUGUGGACCGGAGAUGAGAAUGCCCGAAUUCCGGUUAACUAAUUAUUUCUUGGCUCUGGGCACUAUCAUCUUUUCUUAUGGAGGUCAUGCCGCCUUCCCCACCAUCCAGCAUGACAUGAAGAGACCUGGAGAGUUCACCAAAUCCACCAUCCUCGCUUUUGCUUGUAUGUCCAAUGGAUGGAAUUCUUUUUAUUUCAAUAUGUUUUAGGUACAUUGGGAAUGUAUCUUCCUGUAUGCUUGAUUGCUUACGUCACCUAUGGAGAUUCCCUUCGUGAUUCCAUCAUCAAUAAUAUUCAAACUCAAUGGAUCCAGAGAUUGGUGAACUUGUUGAUUACUGUCCAUUGUAUUCUGACUACCACAAUUGUUAUCAAUCCCUUGAAUCAGGAAGCUGAAGAGAUGUUUGACAUUCCUCAAGGUACUUUUUACUACAUAUUAUAUUAUCGAUACUUCCAGAAUUCUCUUCGAAAAGAGUCAUCGUUCGGACUGGAGUUAUGGCGAUUCUGGUGUUUGCUGCCGAAUCGGUUCCCAAUUUUGGUCCCCUUCUGGACUUGGUUGGUGGAUCUACACUUACCUUGACCUCGAUUCUUCUUCCUUGUGUGUUCUACACUUUCUUGAAGACUGCUGAAGAAGAACAUACUCAAAUAAAUAACCCGAAAGUCCCAAUGAAAAGGGUUUCAUGGAGAAAGUAAGAUAAUUUUCAUUGAUAAUUGCUUCCAGAGCCAUUGAAAAGAAGGAUGCAAACUUCUACAUCUGUUGCUUCAUAAUUUUCUUUGGUAUUCUUAGUGGCCUUGCAGCGACUUUCUCAGCCAUCCAUGGCUUAACGGUCACUCAUUUUGUGGCUCCUUGUUAUAUCCAGCCAUUCUUAAAGCCAAGCGAGAAUGCGAGUACAAGCUCCAUCAAUUGUUGUGGCCAUUUCCAGAAUAUUUCGAGAUUAACUAGUGCACUUACAUGUUCCCAGCCAGAUCUCAAGUUCUAUGGAUGA